AUGGCCAUGUCCGCGGUUGUAGAAACAGUCCUGUCGCACUUAUUCUCUGCAACAAGUGGGAUGAUGUUGGUGGUACCACCACAGGCAGAGUCGGAGGGUAAUGAUCAUGAAGACAGAGCAAGGCGAGAUGAAAAAGUAGUCGAAAAUAUUAUGAAGACAUCUCAAAUGCAUUUAGUUGUGGCAACUCUAUUAAUGACAGUGACCUUCACAGCUGGUUUCACACUGCCAGAAGGUUUUGAAAGUGAUACUAAUAGCCCCAAUAAAGGGAUGGCAAUUCUAUUAAGGAGAACAGCAUUUCGUGCAUUUGUUGUUUCGGAUGCCAUCACCUUUACAUGCUCCUCUGGUGCUGUAUUUGCCUAUUUUGCCAUGGCAUUAAAUUCAAUAUCAGCUGUAACAGAGUUAACAGUUAUUAUCCAGCUUUAUAAUAUGGCAAUUGCAUUGCAGAUUUACGCCAUGGCAGCCGUUGUAGUUGCAUUUGCAACUGGUAUGUAUGUUACUUUAGAACAUUCAAUUGGUCUCGCCAUUACUGUCUAUUUCAUCGGUUCUAUGAAAUUGGUUCUGUACUUACUACUUGUUCUUUACUAUUUGAGAGUUGUACAAAAUAAUUCGAUAAAAUAA